AAGCGAUAGUCGUGCAACAGCUGUUUCUUUUUUGCAAUUUAGAUUUUUCUUGCCUAGUUCAAAAGUUGAUUUUAAUUUUAAUGCAUUUGUGUGUGAAACGUACAAAAUGGAGCGCAAAGAAGUGGACACACAACAGUUCAUCGACCACACGCUGCUGGCAACGGAGCUGAUGCACAACAACUUUAUGAUGGAUCUCAUGGACCACACGGGUGUAUUUCCCAAAACUGAAGGACCCACGAAUCUUAGCACCACGGCGCACCACAGCACCACCAAUGGCGGUGGCUAUGUAGAAAAGCAUACGCUCACACCGCCUGAGCUCAAUUUCCACAAUACGAUCUUCCAGUUUGUCAACAAACAUGUUGUCGAGGAGCCAAACGGAACGCGAACAGACGCGGUGCCCGCUUCACCUGAACGGACGCCAGACAACUAUGUCAAAGAUACGGACGUGGAGUUUCUCACACUCAACAGCAGUUUCUUAGAUCGAGCAGACGCUGCUGCAACCGCAACAGCUGGUGGCAAUGAGAAUGUGGUGCCCCAGCAGGUGGCACAACCCACCUUCCCCGCUCUUGCCAUUGAGCCGACGGUGCCCAUUGAUGUUAACGCAGCGCUACAUAGCGACGAUCUGCUCUAUGCACACAAUGCAUCCGUAACGAAUGCGCGCAAGGUGCUGCCCCACAAAAAGCGCAUCUCACGCAAGCUCAAAGGCUCUGUAUGUGGCAUUAUGGAGGCCGAGCUGGAGCAGCACAAGCAUCAGCAUGUCGUGUCGACAGUGGCCAACUAUAGCUGCGAAAUAUGCGGCUAUGCAGUGCAUACACAAAUCGAAUUCUAUGCACAUCUCAAGGAGCAUUAUGAUCCGGGCAGUCUGCAGCAGCAACGACUAGAUGUGCCACAACAGCAGCAGCAGCAGGUGCAGCAACAGCAAGUGCAGCAACAGCAGCAGGUUCAACAACAGCAGCAACAACAAAAGGAGCCGCUAGACAUGUGCGGCUUGUCUGCUGAGGAUAAGCUGCACCAGGAACAGGUCAAACUGGAUCAGGCUUUUCGGGAUGUGCAGCUGAAUUUUGAAAACUUUCACAAUAUUAGCCAUGUGGACGAUGAUGUAGUGGACGAUGUGGGUGUCAAUAUGGUCAUACAUGCGGAUGCUAUGUCGCUUCACAAGGCCGAUGACAAACUGACGCCCGUAGGAACUACGAAUACAGCUGCAACGAAUGAUGUAGCCGUUGUGGAUGAUGUGGAAUUCAGCGAUACAGAAGAUAUGCUGGAAGGCAUACGUAAUGUAGUGGACAAAGUGUCCGUGGAGGAUACCUGCGAUGCGCCUUGGUUCAGUAACAAUUUCAGUGAUAUAGCUUUCUCGGGACUACUGCUGCCUGGCGAACCGCCACCGCCGCCAGCACCUCCAACAGCAUCGACUGCACCGGAUACGUCGCUGCUCAAGACGUCAAAUCCCAUAGAAGAGCAUCCGCAGGAUGAGCAACUGACGCUGAAUUUCUUGAAGCAAUCGUCCCAGCCCAAACUGGAGAUGGGUCACAAGAAGAGCUACAUUGAGGCCAUCGCUGCAGCAGAAGCGGCGGCAGCAGCAGCGGCCGCAAUGACAACCUCGACUGCAACUUCAAUAUCCCCGCCCACACGCACCCCUACACCUAACACUGGCUCCACCAUCGAGCAGCUGCAGCGUUCGCCCCUCAUGCUCAGUGAAUCCUUCAAGCUGGAGGAUGUAGACACCACAGCGCCCACAGGCAGCGCCAACUCAUCGCCAGUAGCCAACGAUGGCAUUGACGACAAUGCGGACAGUUAUCUCAUGGAGGCGGAUAAGCCGACCGUCGAUGAGCCAAGCGAUGCCAAACGCAAGUUUCACUGUGAUAUUUGCGCUCGUGACUUCAAUUCAUACAAUGCGCUCAAGUAUCAUCAAUAUACGCACAGCAAGGAGCGAGCAUAUCCUUGCAACACCUGCUUACGAUCCUUCUACACACAGAGUGCACUUAAGGCGCACGAACGCACACAUUCCGGCGUUAAGCCGUACAAGUGUGAGAAAUGCGAUUUUAAGUUCCGACAGUGGGGCGAUCUCAAUUACCACAUCAUCUCGCGGCACACGGAGGUAAAGGCGCACAUGUGCGAAUAUUGCGGCAAGAGUUUCUCCCGGAAGUACUCACUAGUGCUACAUCGGCGCAUCCACACUAGCGAGCGCAACUAUGCGUGCCAAUACUGUACGAAAACGUUUCGGGCGAGCUCCUAUUUGUUGGCCCACACCAAAGUGCAUACGGGCGAAAAGCCGUACUCGUGCAGCGUAUGCGAUAAGAAGUUUCGCGUAUCCGGCGAUUUGAAGCGCCACACGCGCAUACACGAUCCGGCGCGCUUGGGCCAAACGACGUCGGAGUCGGCGGCAAAGAAACGCAACAAACUGAAGCAAAUCGAGGACGAGGAUGUCGAGGCGAUCAUCAAAAACAAGUCUGAUGCCCUGUGCGGCGAUGCUGAGCAGGAAAUUUUGGGCUUAUAGCCAAAUGCCAAAAGGUUUCUACGCAAAUAGUAUUAGCAUGACAAAUACAAUGACAACGUGUCUGUACAAUGUAUAUAGUUAAGCAACACACAAAUAAUGAAUCUAAUUAGGAUAAAUAGAGCUUAAAAAUAGCCAUAGAGGUUAUCAAUGAUAAAAGCGAAAAAGCAGACCAAACAAAAUGUUAAAAAUAUAAAUAUAAAUGCGUUUCAAUAUCAAUUCAAAG